GUUUUGAUUUGUACUGUUGAUCCAGACCGGACUUGGUCUCUGUCUUGCACUCGUGAUCUCCUGGUUAGACAAAGUUCUCACCAACAGUAUCAUUUAAUGCCAUUCACUGUAUCUUUUCUCUGCCGCACUGUUUGCCAGCAGACACUUUAUACGUCUUUUUCAUUUCCCAAUUCUGUGAACACCUCUAAUCUGCAGUUACGUGGGUGAUUGGCUUAAUCAUUGUGCUGUGUUUCCUGCGGCAGGUUUUUCCUGUGCCUUUUUCAGCAUUGCCUGGGAUUUCCCUCUCUGUGGUCUGUGACCUCGAAACCGUUCCUCUGAUAUUCCCUCUUGUUGCGAGGCUGCUGAUCAGGUUUUCCCUCCUCUUUUAUGGUCAGAUUUCUAGCUUGUCCUGGGCCUUCAUUCACUGCCCUAUACUGCCAUUGGGUUUCUCUGAAGAUCACCCCUCACUGCUUACUGCAGCUCCUGUGACUGUGGUCAAAGCUUGCAGGAUUAGGUCUGAGUCAUUGAUAGAAGGUAGACCGCAUCGAUAUCAGUGAAUAUUAACAACAUUUAUUCAGUAAAGAUGACAUCUGAGCAACCAGACACACUUGGCUACCAUAUCAGCUCACAUCAUCAUGAUGUGGCACCUGAGAUACAUGCUCAGUAGCUCUUCUUAGAGCAUGUGUUACCCCUUCACUCGCAAUGCACCAGGAACAACACAAUACUCGGUGGAAGGGAAUGGAGUCCAGAUGAAAUGCAGGCAUUACUGACGUUUAAUGACCUCCGGAUAUUUAAGUACCUUCCUGGAUAUUGAUCUUGCUGGUUGAGAUGCAGCCGUUUCUGGAUUUUGACAAGGGAAGGCUAAUAGGAGUGGCCCCGUUAUGAUUUGAUCCACACCUAGGCUGGAAUUUAGGAGUCACAAAGUCAUCAGGCUGGAUUUUACAGGAGGACAGACUGCUCUUCUCCCAAUCCAUGGAAGAACAGUUGGUCUGAAAUGGACCAGUUUUCAAGAAGUUUGCCUUGCAGCGAUAAUACAUGGGGGAGUGGUCUGAAUAGGCUCAAGGUAGACUUCCAUCUCUUGGUGGGAUGAAACCUGCCCUCAAGAAUUGUGGGACAACAAGGUACAGGACUGGAUGAACACAGCAGGCCAAGCAGCAUCAUAGGAGCAGAGAGGCUGACGUUUCGGGCCUAGACCCUUCAUCAGAAAAAGCUCAAGAAUUGUGGCUCUUGCAGUCUGAGCAGUGACAUUACUCAGCAGUGUCCAUUGCUGGGACUUCAAGGAGGCAUAGAAGAAGUGGACAUGGCCACUGGCCACUGGGCAGAGAGAGGACAAAACCAAAAUCAAGUAGCAAAGGGUGACAUGACAAAAUAGCCACCAAAGAUUGAUUGACUCCAGAGAGUUUAAAACUGUGCACUGAGAAGCUGAGAGUCAUCAGAGACAUCAUGUACACCUGGACGCUCAUCUGUGCUCUGGCUAUUCUGUCAGCAGCAGGUCAAUUGAAAGCUCUUCCAGUUUUCCCCGAGAACUCCAGGAUACAAGAAGAAUUUGACCCCAAAAUGACUGAGGGUGCAGUUGGAUUCUUGUCAAAUGAUCUUUCCUCUCUUGGAGCUAAGAGAAUGGCCAACGUCUAUUCUGUGAUUCCAAAGCAAGAGGAGAUUGAUCUGGGAGGAGCUGGUCUACGGGAAGAUACUGUAGAGCCACUUGGAGAUAAAGCCAAACUGAUCGACAACGUGAUGAUGUUACUGUGGAAGUUUACUUCUACUCAAAAUCUUCAACAGCGCAGGUUCUCAAAGCCUGCUCAGGCUUCUCUGCAAUCCAGUAAGAGAGCCUGUUUCUGGAAAUAUUGUGUUACUGACUGACUGAUCUUCUCAACACCAUAACAACAUUCAACUGCUUGGCAGUCCGCUCUACAAAAUGCCAAAGCCAAUCUCUCAGUAAAACUUCUAUCAAACAGACCCUGCCUUAUUCAAUGAGAGGCUGAAGCCCAGAGGAUGUGUAAAUACUUCUGUAAUUAAACAUUUAUGAACACAGUGUGAAUAAAUAAUACUUUUGUACUGAAUUGAGUUCUGUUGUUUCCUGUGAAUUGGAGAGGGCCCGUUACCCAAAGAUUGCAUAUUUGUGACAUGUUUGUCAAGCUCAUCAUCUACCAGAAUCAAUGAAACAGUAUCAAAUAAAAUAUAAGUGGCAAUUAAGGAUUGGCAUUUAGUUUCUGUGAUUUGUUUGAUUCAUGUUAUGUGGAUAGCUGAAGAGAGCUUGGGUGCUAUAAAGAGUUGAUGCAAUGUGAUUUUGAAUAUGAUCCUGACGAAGGGAAUUAAAGCUUCAUCUACAGGAAAUGAAUUUGCACUUUGUUAGCACAGGUCAUUGUGUAUAUGGCUCAGCAACAUCAAAUUAGUUUUGUAUUCAGUAGCACUAAAAUAAUAACCUCAAUCUGAAACCCCCAAGGGAUUAUUGAUGUGGAUGAUGGACGGGUGGCACUAAUGCAUGAUGGUAUGAAGUUUGGAGCAUUGUCACAAUGGAGUAAAGGAGCUGGGAAUACUAGCCUCUGGGUACAUCAUUUAACAAUGUGCUGUCACCAAGAUUAACAUUCUUCGUUUCAAUCAGCAGAAGGAUUCCCAAAAAA